GCGUGCUCGAGUAGUUGAGAUCGGCUAUCAAAAGGUGGUGGUCCAGAAUGAAACCUAACCCUAUGUGUCGCGUCACCCCAGACCAACCCCCCUUUUCCCCUACAGACACCCUCUGCCUUAGACCACUCACCGUCGCUGUAUUAUCUGUCGUGAGGUCUUUGGCUGGCUUGGAGCUGUUGCACCCCUGCACUUCUCCGAGUUUCGCCCCCAGAACCUUAGGCUAGGGCCGAGAGGGUGUAAUAGAGGUGAAAGAAAUUGUCCUUCAUAUUCCGCAAGCCUGCCUCUUUUUCUCCUUCUACCUCUACCUCUACCUCUCCUCUGCUUUCAACCUCAAUUUCUCCUCGUUCUCCCACCUACCUCCACCCCCAAUCCUAGUGGAGGGUUUCUCAAGCCAAAGACAUGGCUGCUCCAACGUACAAGAUUCGGACUGCCGAAGAAGCUGUGGCACGAAUUGCAUACCUAUCCAGUGAUGUGAUCGUCUCUGUACAACCGGCACAGUCAAUCGAAUCCGAGUUCUCAUCACAUCUGCACAGAUACGCUGGCCGCAAAGACCCCAAUCUGGUUGCGACGACUGACGGCUCAGUUCCCGAGAUCCAAGUAGUCAGACACAAUGCCGACCCUCUUCUCUCAGUAUUUACUCCUAUCCGAAAUGGCAAGCUGGUCACUGUGACCACAAGCUCGUCCAUCCUCGUCUCAUCGGUGCCCCACCUCUACAGACUCGCAAACCUUCCAAUAGUCAUCCACGUCUCAUUGCAACCUGCGCAUUAUCCCGAUUACUCUGCGAUCACCUCUAUUCGCAAUUCUGGCUUCACAUUCCUCCAAUCCGAGACUCUGCAGGAGGCGCAAGAUAUCGCAUUGACAGCUCAUGCGCUAGCGAUCAAGUCUGGGAAGGGUGUCAUACAUUUCUUUGACGCUGGAUCAUCUGCCCAGGGCGCCCAGAUCCCUUUCGAGAACAUUGACGCUGUGAAGGCUAUUUUGAACAUUGACGCUGUCCGGGCAUACCAAAGCACAAAACUUGGUGGCACAAGCAUAUACGCCGACAAUGGGCGAGUCGCGGCAAUUACAGAGACUUCUGCCAUUCCGAUUUCUGGUGCCAUGGAAGGAGUUGAGGCGACAUCUACUGCGGCGAUCCAGACUCCUGUGGAAGCGGCUUCUAAAGCAUCUUCUGUGGGGUCGUCAAACGCAGGACGCGAAAGCAGCGUAGACAGCAAGACUAGUGCUUCUUCCGCCACCACUGUCGAAGCCUCCACUAUCCGACCAGUUUCCUCGGACGACAUCUACGACUUCGUGACUGGUAUUUGGGCGCAGAUCAAGGAUAGUCUCGGACGCGAAUAUACCCCAUUCCAGUAUUCUGGACCAUCAAAUGCAGAGACGGCACUUUUCAUUUUCGGUUCUGACGUUGUAGUAUUUACGGAAGCCAUUCGUUCUGCCAAAUCGAACGAAGUUUAUGCAAGAGCAGGCAUAAUUACUUCGCGGUUAUACAGACCUUGGUUAGGGUCUAAACUUAUUGAGACAAUCCCAAAGUCAAUCAAGAAAAUCGCAGUCCUGGAGCAAAUCAGAAGAAAGACUACAAAAUGGGGCCCUCUUUUAUUGGAUCUUCUGACAACCCUCAAAUCUGCACCAGGUGGUGGCGUGGAAACUAUUGUGGGCCACCAGUUGGGUUUCAUCGAAGCAAAGACUAUCCAGCAAGCUCUCCGGGGCGUAUUCCAAAACUUGAAGUCCGAGAAGCCAAUUCAGAACCUUGAGGUUGGCAAUUCGGAUGGACCUGUGGAAUCGCAAGAGGCCUACAAGCUAUCCCAACCGACUGUUGAGUCCGCCUACGUAAAAAUUCUGGACCAGAUCUUUGGGCAGAACUUGUAUUUGGCGAAUGCUCUUGAUUCCCAAAAUGCUGGAGUUUCCAAAACUAUUGCAUCAUCUCCUGAAUUUGGAUUUGGGUCUCUGAUAGCCAGAAAGGAGCACCGCCAACGGUUCAUUGACGAGGUUCAGCAGGCUAUUACGUCGAGAGGUUUCAUCACCGAGUCUGUAAAGCCUUUUCUAUCCAAGUGGGCGUCAAUCGUCAAUAACGAUGAGAAGUCAAGCGAGUUGGCAGAAGACAUUAUUGCGCGACUACAAACUGAUGGCUCUCCCCUUGCUCAGAGUCUGCUCUCAAAGAAGGGUCUGUUCCGAAAGGAGUCGCAGUGGCUUGUUGGGUCCGAUGCAUGGGCUUAUGACUUGGGUAAUUCUGGUGUUCACCAUGUCAUUGCAUCUGGAGAGAAUGUUAAUAUGCUCAUCAUCGAUUCUACUCCAUACUCAGAAGGGAGAGCCAAUGAUGCCACUCGACGGAAGAAGGAUAUCGGUCUCUACGCAAUGAACUAUGGUAAUGCAUAUGUUGCCUCUGUUGCUGUGUACAGCUCAUACACCCAAGUCUUACAGGCCAUGAUUGAAGCCGACCAGUUUGACGGCCCAUCAGUUGUUGUGGCCUACUUGCCAUAUUUCAAGGAGAACGACUCUCCGUUGACUGUUCUUCAGGAGACCAAGAAAGCUGUCGAUUUCGGAUACUGGCCACUUUACAGAUGGAACCCAAAGAACGAAGAUCGAGGAGAGCCAAGUUUCUCACUGGAUUCGGAGCGUAUCAAGAACGAGCUCAAAGAAUUCUUGGCACGAGAUAAUCAUCUUACACAAUUGAUGAAGGCUAGCCCAGAGUUCUCUUCAAGCCUGGCACAGGAUUAUGGGAGCGAAGUACGGGAGCUACAGAAGCGUAAGGCUAAGGAUGCUUACAAUCAGCUUCUUGAAGGUCUGUACGGGGCACCUCUGACAAUCCUUUUCGCUUCUGACAAUGGCAACGCCGAGAACCUUUCCAAGCGACUCGGAAACAGAGGAAAGGCUCGUGGUCUCAAGACUCUGGUGAUGGCAAUGGAGGACUAUCCUAUCGAGGAUCUCCCUAAGGAAGAGAACAUUGUUUUUGUGAGUGCUACUGCUGGUCAGGGUGAGUUUCCUCAGAACGGUCGUGCUUUUUGGGAUGCCAUUAAGGACAACACCGAGCUUGACCUCGCAACCGUCAACUACUCCGUUUUCGCUCUCGGUGACAGCCAUUACUGGCCUCGGAAAGAAGAUAAACAUUACUACAAUAAGCCUGGAAAAGAUCUUGACCGUGUCCUUGCCAAUUUUGGUGCUAAGCGGCUUGCGGAGGUUGGAUUGGGCGACGAUCAAGACCCCGAUGGAUUCCAGACUGGGUAUCAAAAUUGGGAGCCACUCAUCUGGCAAGCCCUUGGUGUUGAUAAAGUGGAGGGGUUGCCAGAAGAGGCUCCUCCUAUAACGAACGAAGACAUCAAGAUUGAGUCGAACUUCCUCCGUGGCACUAUCGCGGAAGGUCUCCUUGACACGAGCACCGGAGCCAUAUCAGCUUCCGAUCAGCAACUGACGAAGUUCCACGGCACGUACAUGCAAGACGAUCGCGAUCUUCGUGAUGAGAGAAAAGCCCAGGGCCUUGAGCCUGCCUAUUCUUUCAUGAUACGAUGCCGAUUGGACGGUGGAGUGUCAACCCCAAAGCAAUGGAUACAGAUGGACGACAUCAGCAAUGCCUUUGGAAACGAGACCAUGAAGCUGACAACACGUCAAACCUUUCAAUUUCAUGGUGUUGUCAAAGGCAAGUUGAAGUCGGCCAUGCGAGGUAUCAACAAAGCCUUGAUGACUACCAUUGCUGCCUGUGGUGACGUGAAUCGAAACGUCAUGUGCAGCAGUUUGCCAACAGCUUCGAAAUAUCACAGUGAGGUUUAUGCUUGUGCAGGAAAGAUCUCUGACCACCUCCUUCCCUCUACCACUGCGUACCACGAGAUUUGGCUCAAGGAUGACAACGACAAGAAGACACUGGUUGGAGGCCAUGCUGUCCAGGACUUUGAGCCUCUGUAUGGCCCGACAUAUCUGCCAAGAAAGUUCAAGAUCACCAUAGCAAUCCCCCCGCAUAACGAUACCGAUGUAUACGCGCACGACAUUGGUUUGAUUGCUUGCAAGGGUAGAGAUGGUCAUCUCACUGGCUUCAAUCUUCUUGCUGGUGGCGGGAUGGGUGUUACUCACAACAACAAGAAGACAUAUCCCCGAACAGGUAGCAUGCUCGGCUUUGUACCAAAAGACGAAGUCCACAUUGCAUGUGAGAAGGUCAUGCUUGUCCAGCGUGAUCAUGGUGAUCGAAAGAAUCGCAAGCAUGCCCGUCUAAAGUACACCAUCGACGACAUGGGGGUUGAUGUCUUCCGUGGCAAGGUCGAGGAGCUAUGGGGCAAGAGUUUUGAUAAGCCCAAGCCUUUUAAGUUCCAAAGCAACAUUGACACUUUCGGUUGGCUCAAGGAUGAGACGGGACUGAAUCACUUCACGUUCUUCAUUGAAAACGGACGUAUCGAAGACACUGCCGAGUUCCCUAUGAAGACUGGUCUCCGGGAGAUUGCCAAGGUCCACAAGGGCGAAUUUCGCCUGACCGGAAAUCAGCACUUGAUACUCAGCAACGUUUUGGAUGCCGACGUGCCAAAGAUGAAGGAGUUGAUGGCCAAGUACAAACUUGACAAUAUUCAAUUCUCCGGCCUUCGGCUGUCAUCCUCAGCUUGUGUUGCAUUUCCAACCUGCGGGUUAGCUAUGGCUGAGAGUGAGCGAUACCUCCCUGUACUCAUCACCAAGCUAGAGGGUGUUCUAGAAGAGAAUGGCCUGAAGCAAGACUCGAUUGUCAUGCGUAUGACAGGGUGCCCCAAUGGAUGUGCUCGUCCUUGGCUGGCCGAAGUUGCAUUCGUUGGUAAAGCUUAUGGUGCUUACAACAUGUAUUUGGGUGGUGGCUAUCACGGUCAACGCCUGAACAAGUUGUACAGAAGCAGCAUAAAAGAGGACGAGAUCUUGGAGAUUAUGAAGCCUCUCUUGAAGCGAUACUCUUUGGAGCGAAAGAAAGGCGAGCAUUUUGGUGACUUCGUCAUCAGAAUUGGUAUGAUUAAGGAGACCACCGAAGGAAAGACUUUCCACGACGACGUUGCCGAGGAAGAAUCCGACGAGGAAUAAUGGUGACGCUGUAACAUUCAUUGCAUCUGCAUAAUCUGCAUGGCGUUCGCGGGUUUGUUUGGCUCCUGGGGUGCAUCUAGCUAUCAUGCUAUUCGGUUUUCUUUCUUAUGUUAUGGAAGUUGCGGCUGGUUGGAUGAUGACGAUGAUGAUUAUAAUGGGAAAGUUGUACAAACAAAAGAAUGGCCAUAUCUGAUUUCCACAGAGAAUGACAUCGUACUGCCCUGUACAAGCUGUAGUUGAUUGUCCCCCAAUCUUGAGGCCUGUACAGCUUCUCUAAUUUCCGUAUGGCGCCAACUUUCUUCGAUAGUUUUGUCCCACGGCAUAAAAGUAGUUCAUACGAAGCUGCUUGGGUACUUGUCUCGCCGUGAACACUUAUAAGAAACAUGCAAGGCAAACGUACAACAGUAAUUCCACCCUUGGAAGUAGUACAGAUCAUUUACCUGGACUCCACAAGCGAAGGGAAACACCUAAUAGCAAUCCAUUUUCCGUACAUCAUCCUGUCCCCGUCUCUUUCCACUCUACCUUCCCAAACCCUUCUACCCCAGUGGCUCUUAUGAACAAUGCACGAUCCAGACGGUAUUCUUGAGAAGAAAGAUGACCAGGCUGAAAAAACAUCUUCGUUGGCUGCACAUGUGUGGGGGUAAAUGAAGCAGAUACCCGAUAUUGACCGUACUUGCGACGAAUAACAGGCUGUUUAUGAGGUGUUUUUGCUGGAGAGUGAGGCGGGUAUAGUGUGCCAUGAAGUAGCUGGAGUGGGGGGCAAAGAGGUGGGCGUGGUUGUUGGAAAGGUGCAGGAUAUUUGAGGAGUGCCCCGGGUAAGGUAGAAGCGAAGUACCUCUGCUCAAUUUCUACUCAUCUGAUUUUAUUCUCAAGCGUUGGACACCGAAACAAGUUGGCUUUGAAGUACUUGAUAUGUAUAACAUCCAUCACUGGCUCAUAACAAGUGACAAAACCAACUUAUCAAUGUUCGAGAACUUCUACCAAAAGCACAAUAGUAGAAGUUUCGAAAAUUACUGAGUGAAAUAUUGCUGCUCUUGAACUUCGGGUUUCAGCGACCGUUUGGGUGAACAGGGGCAAUUAAAGUAUCAGUGACUAUGUGCAAGAGGCUCCAAAGAGAGGCGCUGUUACAAAAAGAAGAGACAUGGAAAUAGAAUGCCUCCACUAUUUGGUUCUCUUCAUCUUCGGCAACUAGUCAUAGAAUAGAUGCUUAAAAACAUUUCUUUCAGACUGAAACCCAUGAAGGAGUCCAGAGCCAUCCUUGUACCGUGUAUAGGAAGCCCAGGACAUUAUCUCAUCCAUGAGAGUCUAUGCCACUCGAUGAUAAGUUACCUCCAAGAGACGACCCUUCAAAUUCAAUAUCACUACCGCGGUUGGGCACUAAUGCUUAUUAGUCUGACAAAACCGUGUAGCUAGAUCAUUCUAACGGUGGGAUCUGCUCAGUGACUGGACCUGCAAUUCACAGCCAAAUAUGCCAGCUUCACGGUAGGUCGUUUCCUUUCCAAGAUUCCGUCAAUCUCCUUGUUUCGUAGCUCGACUGGAACCUCCUCCCCCAUCCUCUCUAGAUUAUCUCGGACCUUCCGCUUCUGAACCAAGACAUCGUAGUCCUUGUGAACAGUCUUCCUCGCAGCUAACAGGUACGACAGAGACGGGCGCUCGCUCAACGGCAUCUUGCAGAGAUCCUUGACAAUAAAAUUUUCAUCAAGAUACUCGAACUCCAAGCAGAAACUCCGAGUGCUUUCUACAACGUCGCUUGGCCGAUCGGAAUAAUAGAAUAUGAUUUCCUCUAGAUUGGGAAGCUCAAACAACGAGUGCAUGUUUAAACAUCCGUCUGAGCGUAGUUCCCUGAUGGGACUGAGCAGUUCGCGAACAUUCAAAGCGAUGUUCUGAAUUCUCGCCUGCUCGAAUAAUCCAGGGAUCGGAUUAGUUUGGAGUUUGCUCAUGCCUAUCGGAGAGAUGGUGUCACGGUACCAAUUGACAUAGAUUCUCCCAAAGGAUUCAGAGGAUACACUUGGAGGGAGGGUACUCGUACCCAAUACUAGGGUGUAGCUCUCUAGUGUGAGACGGCGAGAUUCGCGGUUGACAUGGAGGGUAUUGGGAAUUGGACUCAUUCCGGUGGUGUGCCAUGAUGUGGAGGCGUAGGUGUUCAGUUGUUCGCCGAACAAGGCGGGGCGGUACUUGACUCCGACAACGAUGUUGCGUGGCUCAGGUGCAGCCAGUCUCCAUAUCUUGAACCUCAUUUCUGUAGGCAACUUCGAAAAGCAUGUGAACGUUCGUUGGUGAUCUACUGAAGCAACAGGGGCGGCCCUGCUCUGGGGCCGAUGAUUUUGGCUGACAUGCUUAAGGCUGGCCUUUGCGAGAGUCGACAUCGUCGCCAGUGUCAACAAUUCCAAUUCCAAUUCCAAUUCCAAUUCUAAUUCCUUUGUCGGUGGAGUCGGGUGCGAUGAUCGAGGUGGGUGCUUUCGUUUACGAAACCGUUCUCUUUUCCGAUGGAGACAGGAGUCAAGGUAUGGUUUUAUGUGUCGUGUCGUGUCGUGUAGUGUAGCGUGGGGCCUGUGGGUGGUCGUUGAUCCAAC